CCGGAUCCAACGCACAUGGCACAAGAUGGGGUCAAAGCGAGCGUUGCGUGAGAACGGUCUCUUCCGAGUCCGAGGCGAGAGCUCGAGGCAGAAUUGUUGAUGUCGCCGCGUGUUGACGUCAGCGGAUCCGGGCUAGCCAAACGGCCAUGUAGGAGAAGCUCGACGCUACGGCUCGGUGCCGGCACCUGUGCUGCUUGUCUAGCUCUUCCGCAAGCUUCCAUCUGGCUUAGCUGCGGCUCGCGAGGGACAGCAGAGACUCGCGCACGCACGCAUGUGUAUCAGGUUGAGGUUCUUUCUUUCACAGUGACAGAUGCGUCGGUCAGUCGAGGGAUGCGCUCGUGGAUUACACGCGCGGCGCAGAUGCAAUCUCGACCAACUGAUGCUAUUGUACAACCCCCCGCUCGCUAUGCUCUUGUAUACACUGCACCGCACAGGCCGCGCUAGCACGACCACACACCCACGUAGCCGUCCUUGAUCCUGACGCGCUCAAUGACGCUGCGCUUGCCCCCGUCCGCAGCCGCGCCAGGCCCGCAGUUCCAGUGCCGCCCGUCCGUCUUGUCGUACACC